AUGCAGGACGACGACGUGUGCAUGACCUGCGUGGUCUUGCACCGGCAUCCGAGUGAUGCGUCCUGGGAGGACGACCGCACGGAAAGAAGCCUGUCGGUGGCGGUGGUGGCGCCCCCGUCACGCAGGGGGGACAAGGAGGCCGAGAAGAAGUCGUCCUCGAGCGGAGGCAGUUCCUCGGAGAAGCGCGAGGACCGCGGCCGUCACCACAGCCGCCGCCGCGGAAGAUCCCGAGGGGAUCGUGCCCGCAGCAAGAGCUCGGGAUCAGAACAGACGGUUCCCGAGCCGCUCAAGGACACCCGCAAGCCCGCAGAGCCAAAGCACGGCCCAAAGGCGAAAAGCCAGCGCCCAGCCAGCACAGACAGGGAUCGGUGCCCGAUCUGUUGGCAGUCCAUCUCCCGAUGGCAAUCGGGCCGGGAGCAACACAUGCACACGAAUGCUACAUGCUUGGCAUGGCAAAUUUAUGGUUCCAUGAAGGAGAAAAAUUGGAAGCUUGCUGUGAAGCAAGGAAAAGAGCUCAAAGAGCACAGGGCCCGCGAGGCUUCCAAGUCGAAAGAUGGGGCUGCUCGCCUGGUCUCCAAGGAGAGCAGGGACUCUGCCUCAAAGGCUGUGGCUGCUGCUGCCGAGUGGGUGUCCGGCCAGCCUACGAGGCUUCGGAAGGAGACCCGCUCCAGGAGCAGGUCUCAGCACACCAAGAAGCCCCGCCGCCGGCAGCCUUCUCCGACGCCCUCCUCGUCCGAGCCUCCCGCAAAGGGGACUCGCGCCAGGAGCAGGUCUCGCAAGCCGAAGACCAAGGAUCGCUUCCGGCAGAAAGCCUCGACGCCCUCCUCGUCGUCGCCGGAGCCUGCCAGGAAGCGGGGACGCGGCCGCAAGAUCAUCAUCAACGUGACCUGA